GGCAACUUUUUGAGGCUAACUUCAGUCAUGCCAGUUAGUCUCCGCCCUCCUCGCUGUUGAGUGUGUAGUUGUGACCAAAAAGUUCGCCUUGACUGAGGGAAUAUACUCUGCCUAUCACCCACUAUUGGUUCAAUUCCAUCAUUGUUUCCAAAGACCUUGUUUCCAGCUCGACUCUUGAGACCAUGUCAAAGGGCGAAGGAGAAGAGAUGAUAGAGAUCGAGAUCGACGAACGUGAAAAACAAGGAUGCCUGGAGGAAGGCAUGGAGGAACAGACCAUUAUGGCAUCGGAUCUAAUUCAGCAAGACAUCGACAUCAACGAGCCAGUGGGCAAUUUGAAGAAGCUUUUGGAGCCACGCAUCCAGAUCCCACUAGAAGCAUAUGACAUAUGCUUGCAGGACAUUCAGCUGCACCCUGAUCACAGCCUCUUCGAUCAGGGCGUCAAAACAGACGGCACUGUGCAGCUCAGCUUGCAGAUUAUUACCAAACCAGGUGAGGAGAAGUUGAACAUUUUGGAGAUUGUGAAGCCAGUGGAGACAGUGGAGGUGGUGAUCGACCCGGACGCCGCCGGGGAGGAAGGCUCCCUGGUGGAGGAGGGACAGCUCAUCGCUGUAGAGCGGUCUGGCCUGUCCGACGAGACCUCGGAGCAGGUCACGCGCUGGGCCGCCGCACUGGAAGGCUACCGCAAAGAGCAAGUGCGACUCGGCAUACCAUACGAUCCGCUCCUGUGGACAGCUGACCAGGUGAUCCACUGGGCCGUGUGGGUUAUGAAGGAAUUCAGUAUAGACGAGAUGGAAAUCGGCAGCAUUCACAUCCCAGGUCGUGACCUCUGCUCUUUCAACCAAGAUGAAUUCCUUCAGAAAGUGCCAAACGGAGAGAUACUGUGGAGUCACCUCGAGCUGCUACGCAAAUAUGUGUUGGCGAGCCAGGACCAGUCUGGAGGGGAUGCCACGGUCACAAUUGAUCAACCUGUGCAGAUAAUCCCGGCUCAAGUCAGCACGCCCACUGCCAUUAAGGUGAUGAAGCAAAACCGUGGGCCUCGAACGCCUCGCAUCUCAGGAGAGGAGCGCAGUUCACCUGGCAACCGCACAGGAAACAACGGUCAGAUCCAAUUGUGGCAGUUCCUGCUGGAGUUGCUGACGGACAAAGACGCAAGAGACUGCAUUUCCUGGGUGGGCGAGGAAGGGGAGUUCAAACUCAACCAGCCCGAGCUGGUGGCACAGAAGUGGGGCCAGCGCAAGAACAAACCCACCAUGAACUACGAGAAACUUAGCAGAGCCCUCAGGUAUUACUACGACGGCGACAUGAUCAGCAAGGUGCAAGGCAAGCGCUUCGUCUACAAAUUUGUGUGCGACCUGAGGACUCUGAUCGGCUACAGCGCCGCCGAGCUCAACGGCCUGGUGACAGAAUGCGAGCAGAAGAAAAUGUCGCGGAUGCAGAUGCACCACCAGCCCAUCACCACGGUGACGCUGGCCACCACCACGCUGGACAAGGACAGUUGAAGGCCAUGUACAAACUCUCCUCUGAACUCUUUACCUUCUGACACGCCAAGUUUGUUACAGCUUUUUAAACCUGAAGAGGGUAAAAUGUCCGCAUGUGAUUCACGGAGAAAAGAAUGCUUGAAUGUGACUGAACUCAUGUUAACCCGUCUUCCUCGUCCGUAGCGUACAACAGCCCACUGUACAUAAACCCACGCUUCAUGUUUUUGAUAGCCGCGACGGCAUGUGUAUUUUCAUAUUUUUUCCUUUUAUAGAAAUACCCUUUUUGUAUUUUUAUUUUAGUCCAUGUUCCCUACAUUUUUGGACCCUUUUUUUUUUUUAGAAAUAAAGAAAAAUGUCCACAA